GUGCAAUGUGAGCGUGCAAGUGAGAUGAUUAGAUGCCACUACGAAUACGGCAUGCCGUUGCAGCAGCUUCCCUCUAUGCUUGCACUCUCUGUCGACGUACUGCUGAGAGAUCUAUGCUAGUCCUCUUGAUGUUGUGCGCCGCCGACGUAGUUAGACUGAACCACGAUAGAAGUCGCCCUUCUAAUGUUGCAGAGAGUACAAUCUCCCGUCUCCGCGAUAUUGUGCGAACCCUCUUCCGCACUUUUGCCCCUUAGCUACCUACCUUUCUUAUGAAUGCGAUAUAAUGUGCUUCUUUCCAUUUCACGUAUAAGAACAUUCUCUUCGCCUGGUCCGCACAAUUGCCUUCUUUCCCGCUUGCCAACAGCCGGUGUCAUUCACCUCUCGAGCUGCUCAGCAGAUUCCUUCUUCCCGCUCCACCUACUCAGGUUGAAAAUUGA